UGCCACGGCCUGAUGCUGGAAGCACACAAGGACAUCUUUGGUGUUUACAAACAAUAUAAAAAUCCACGGCUAAAUGAUACAAAGACUGCUGAAGUGGAGAGUGUGUUGCUGACCGUAAAUCACAACGCCUAAUUCACAUUCAUCUGUUCACGGAGCGACCUCGACAGUUUCGUUUCCUGUUAUCGAGGGCUGGGUCGUCCUGUUGUCCAGGGAAGAAAGUAGUCUUGUCCACCAACCUGCAAUGGCGGCUUCUUGGAUAUUCGCAGUGCUCGUGAUAGUCUGUCUUUCACCAUUUUGCGCAGUUGUGGGGCAAGGAGUUCCAGUGACAGGCUCCCGUUUGCUGAUUUACCCCUCCACCACCGUUGUUUCUCCUCGUGGCUCCAACAUCAGUCUUUCGUGUCUUCUCAACAGCAUCAGCACUUUAAUUCGCGACAACAUUAAUUGGAUAUAUGUUUCGAACGCUGAGUCCGACAGACGACAGGAAACAAUUUUAUCCGAAAGAUCAGUUCUUAGAACAAAUGACACUCGCUUUGGUCUGGCAUCGAGUGAAGAAUCCACCUCACACCGCUGGUACUUUAACCUCACGAUCUCCAAUGUGGUGGACACAGACGAUGGCCGUUACAUCUGUCGCAUAAGCAGACUCAACCAGAUUAACAGCACCUCUCGUGAUGAGGUGUCGGUGGCGGUCGUUGUUCCCCAUGAUGUUGAGGAAGUAGAAAUCAAGCUUGGUGACAUUGGCCACGAACAGUCUGUAGUCAGUGUGAUGUGCCAGGCAAAAGUAAGCAAUCCGCCACCUGUGAUCAACAUCUAUUUGGAUGAUAGAAAAAUUGUCGACACAGUUGUUGUAGAAUUUCUCAAUCACACCGACCAGUGUUCAAAGGGAUGCGGUCCUCGCUACAGCUCUACCCUGAAAACCGCGAUUCCACUCCAGCCUUGGAGAACCAUCGGGUGCACCGCGCGAGCCAACUACACUGGAUCCAAGAUUGUGGCAGCCAGAAACGUGACGUUUUACACGCAGCACAGUUGCGUGGUGUCGCCACCUUCGCCCCGCGUGGGUGACGCCAUGGUGAACGUGUCGUGCGAGCUGCUUCAUGACACGGUGCACGUGGAGUACUACGUGUGGAAGGUCAGGAAGGACGACCACGUGAUCCGCCUGACCAGUAAUCACACCGAGGACAUCUACAGCACCCAAAUGCAGACUGUGAACAGCACAUACACAUUGGUCUACCUAACCCUGGAUAAACCAAAGGAGGAGCAUUUGAAAGCUCAGUACACAUUGCUUCUCUACACCUCCCUCAGAUCAGAAGAACGUUACCUGGUGCAGCUCGCGUCAGGUGAACCUGCAUCGAGUGGCACUGUAAGGACAGGUACGCAAGGCCUCUGGCUGACACUUGUCUUCUGUUUGCUGCACGGUUACAUAACGGUUGUCUGACCAGUUGCCCUUUGACUCAAGAUUCCACUCAAGGCAUUUAACCUUUUGGAGCAUCACUUCAAAUUUCAUGUCUGGUGCUACUGAUAUCAUUACUUGAUAGUUUUUUUAUUAUGGUCUCCAAAUUCCCAUUUGAAGAUGGGAUUGUAUUGUUCUUGAACUAAUUGAUUAGCUGCACUUAUUUAAUAUACAAGUUUUCAAGCAAACCUUUCACAUGCAGUUCAUGCUAGAACAAGACUGGAACAAUAUACCUGGGUGGCAUUUAUUUGCUAUCUAUAGCCUCUUGCAACAAUUUUCAACUCUGCACACCAUCUUGUGCAACGCCAUACAGGCAGUUCCUUUCCCUGACAAAUCUGAAGACUCCAUGUGUAAACUAAUGCAUUUUGUGGAUGAUUUACAUUUCUUCAGUCAUUUUUUAGAACCAUGACUACCAGUAAAUAUACAGCAUCUCAGCACUACAAUCACAACCACUAUUACCAAUUAUGCAUUCAGUAACUUGUAAGUAAUAGUGAUGGGUGUCCCACCGAGCAGUAAAAGACUAAAUAAGACAGAUUUAGACCCAGUAACAAAACAUGUAAGCAACAAUAUAAAAUAAAAAGUGCAACUGACUUUAAAAAAAA